AUGUCGAAUCCAGAUACUCCCAUAACCGGGACCGAUUCCCUGGAUGAAUUCGCCCCCCGAUCAGGCUCUUCGCAGGCGUCCACGCCGAUGACAGACGAACCCGGACAAGAUCAGAAAACAGCGCCGCAGGACAAGAUGGAUAUGUCGGAGGACAUUGAGGGGAUGGAUGUAAAGGCGAAGGCGCUGAUGCACCUUCUGAACACUAGUGAGGUCUUCGUUGCGAUCAUGGCGGACAAAAUGAAGAAACAGCAGGAGGAGGCGAGACUUGAAGCAGCCAAGCAGCAACAACAGCAACAAAAGCAAGUGAAAAAGACCGAAACCAAACCCAAGGGUGCUAGCGAGCCGGUGGGACGGCGACAGACGCGCACGAGUGCAAGGCAGUCAGCUGCCACGUCAACGGAAGCUACUGCCGAAGAAGGGAAGAAGGAGGAAGAACAGGAGACCAGUAAGACCAGGAGGGGCCGGGGAAGGAAGCCUGCUUCUUCUGCGGCUGCGAAUGGUAACACCAUCUCCAGCUACUUCAAGAAGGCGGAUGUGAAGGUCGACGAGGAUAAGCCAACGGUCCAGGAAGCUUUGGAACAUGCUGCAGAUGAGUAUGAAGCGAAUCCAACCGCACUGGGUGGUCAGGAACUGGUUGCUACCCAGCAGCCGGAGUUGGUGACCGGAGGAACGAUGAAGAAGUAUCAAUUGGAGGGGCUGGAGUGGCUCAAGUCGCUUUGGAUGAACGGACUGUGUGGCAUUCUGGCCGAUGAGAUGGGUCUUGGGAAGACUGUUCAGGCGAUCUCUCUAAUUGCUUUCUUCAAGGAGAAGAAUAUAUCUGGCCCUUUCCUGAUCGCUGCUCCUUUGAGCACGGUGAGCAAUUGGGUGGACGAGUUCGCAAAGUGGACUCCGGAAAUCAAGACAGUCUUGUACCAUGGGACAAGGGACGAACGUGCAACGAUCAGGAGGAAGUUUAUGAAUAUGAAGGACCAGAGAAGUGCGGAUUUUCCUGUCGUCUGCACUUCCUAUGAGAUCUGCAUGAACGAUCGAAAAUUCCUCGCGCAAUAUCAGUGGCGGUAUAUCAUUGUGGAUGAAGGACAUCGCUUGAAGAACAUGAAUUGCAAAUUGAUCAAAGAACUGCUCACCUACAAUUCGGCCAACAGACUCCUCAUCACGGGCACGCCAUUGCAGAACAACAUCACGGAACUUUGGUCACUGCUACACUUCCUUCUACCUGAGAUCUUCAAUGAUCUCAACAGCUUCCAGAGCUGGUUUGACUUCUCGUCCAUGCUGGACAACAAUGGCCAGACGGAUGUCAUGGAACGCCGAAAGCGCACGCUGGUCUCCACGAUGCACUCGAUCUUGAAGCCUUUCCUCCUCAGACGUGUGAAGACCGACGUUGAGACAUCCCUUCCCAAGAAGCGGGAAUACAUCCUGUACGCGCCGUUAACAGCAGAACAGAAGGACCUCUACCGUGAAAUUCUCAACGGCACUGGCCGCCAGUACCUCGAGGAAAAAGCCACAGAGCGUCUUAUGGCCAAGAGCGGAAGACCGUCACGAUCUCAGAGCCUGAAACGCAGCGCCGACACUAGCGGAGCUUCAUCACCGAACAAGAGUCUCAAAUCCAGCCGCUCAUCCACACCAGCCAGUACAGCAUUGCCCACAUCCCGGAGACGCGGCAAGAAAGAAAUCGCUCAAAAGAAGAUGCAAAACCCCAUCAUGCAAGCCCGACUUGCCUGCAACUCUCCGCAUAACUUCUAUUGGCCGUGGAUGGACGACCCGACCUCCAUCGACGAGACCCUCGUCACAGCCUCAGGCAAAAUGCUCCUCCUCGACCGUCUAGUUCCCUGCCUUCUCAACAAGGGCCACAAAAUCCUCAUCUUCUCCCAAUUCAAAACCCAACUCGACAUCCUCCAAGACUGGGCCACGCAACUCCGCUCCUGGAACUGCUGCCGCAUCGACGGCGCCGUCAGCCAAGAAGACCGCCGCGCCCAAAUCAAAGCCUUCAACACCGACAAAAACUACAAGCUCUUCCUCCUCAGCACCCGCGCCGGUGGCCAAGGAAUCAACCUCAUGGCCGCCGACACCGUCAUCCUCUUCGACUCUGACUGGAACCCGCAGCAGGAUCUCCAGGCGCAGGACCGGGCCCACCGCAUCGGCCAAACGAAACCGGUCAUUGUCUAUCGGCUCGCGACAAAGGGAACUGUGGAGCAGACGCUGCUCGAGAAAGCGGAUUCGAAGCGUCGUCUCGAACGUCUAGUUAUCCAGAAGGGCAAGUUCCGGAGUCUGUUGGAUCCGGGUAGCCUUAGCUCCAAUGAUGUUGAUGACUUGAAGAAGGCGCUGGGACAGGAUGAAUAUGAGACUUUUGAGGCUGGAGCGGAUCCAGCCACUUUGCUGUCAAAGAAGGAUUUGGAUAUUCUGACUGACCGGAGUGAGGAGGCGUAUGUUCGUGCUGAGAAGGGGUUGGAUACUACUGGACGGGCUUUUAUGGCUGUCGAGACGAAGAGAGAUGGGGACGGUUUGAUGGCGCAGAUCAUUGGGAAGUAA